AUGUCUAAUGCAUUAAUGCGUCGGGAGAUGUUAGGAAAGGAGUUCUGGGUCCAUUUUGUCUCAUUGUCCCCACAUGCUGCACCCAUGGAGUUGAUAAAGGGAGUCACUGACUCAAUCAGAACCUGUAAAGUUGGUGGUACUCAAGCUCAGAAAAAAACUGACAAAGGCUAUCAGAACAUAUUCAGAUGUCAGGAAGCUCAAACUCCUCAAGAAAUGCAAGCACAAAUCUUGCAACAACUAGAUUAUUCUCUAGAGUCCAGUGAGACUGAAAAAGUCAAAGUGGCUGGCACUAAUUCAGGUAUAUGUGACAGCAAUACUGCAUCAAUUAUCCAACAUUUACUGGUGCUUGGCAAGCAACUGCGUAAAUACAACUCAGUAAAGACUGAUAUUCCUGAAACAGAAGUGCGACUACAGCUAGAAUGGGAGCUUGAAAGUCUACUUGAUGACUCAACAAUUGAAGACCAUAUUAACCCGCUAUUGGGGAUGCCUGGGGUUAAUAUCCAUCAAGACAACCCCACCAAGGUCUUGCACACUGUGGGUGUAGUCAAGUAUUUCUGGGCACAAAAGGAUGGCCUCAUUGGCAAGCACUUCAAAAGUCUUGCACAGGUGAUGCCAUAUCUUAUUUACGACUUGGUUUUGCAAGAUGUCCUCAAUGGUUGGUGUGUCAUUGGAAACUUGGUUGUGCUUCUCCGGCACACCAAGAUAGACAAUGCUGAGGUGUAUUUGGCAUUUAACAGGCCAAAAGAAUUAAGCUCAACUCUCAUGUACCAUUGA